AUGAAAAGGCUCCGAAAGAUGUUUACUCGGGGGGAGAAGGCGCCAAAGCCUUCUCAACCCCAGAGUCUUCCAGCACAAGCAACAAACGAUGGCUCUAUUGUGUCACCAAACGCCUCUCAUACGCAACCCAUGCCCUCGUCCCAGGACCCUUCACCAUCUUUGUUCCCCGAUGGAGUCAAGGUCUUACACGAAUGCCCUAAUGCGGUGGUUGACAUAUGCUUUAUUCAUGGCCUGUCUGGGAAUCGGGAUAGUACGUGGACUGCGCUGGGCCAGUCCAUUCCGUGGCCCAAGAUGCUACUCCCAUCUGCUCUCAGCGGAGCUCAUAUCCUCACCUACGGCUAUGAUUCGAAGAUCGUCAACAAGUCAAAACCGUCGCUAAAUCGCCUCGGUGACCACGCCAAAAACUUACUCAAUGACUUAACAAUGGAAAGAACUGCCUGCAAUUCUUUAUCUCGCCCUCUCAUUUUUGUCGCUCAUAGCCUAGGGGGCCUCAUCUGCAAAGAGGCUAUUCUCCUGUCACGAAAUAAUCCUGAAGACUAUCUUCAAAAUAUUUUCAAUACCACCAAAGGCAUAGUGUUCAUGGGUACUCCUCACAAGGGGGCCUGGCUAGCUGAUUGGUCUAAAAUACCGGUCUCAGCCUUGGGAUUUGUUGGGUCUACCAAUAAGUACUUGCUAGAGGUUUUGGAAACUGAUAAUCAGCUCCUAGAAAAUAUUCAAGUCAGAUUUUGGGAGAUGAUUCGAGGACUGCGAGAAAGUGGAAGGCCUUUUAGGGUGACAUGUUUCUUCGAAGAACUCCCUUUGGGUCGCCUUGGGCAGAUUGUUUCCAAGGAGUCAGCCUGCCUUGAUGGUUAUAACUACUUCAGUAUUCACGCAGAUCACACCAACAUGGUCAAAUUUGGCUCUGAUCAAGAUACUGGCUUUAAGAGAUUACUUGCAGAGUUAAUAAGGUGGAAGUCGGAAGUCAGCAAAGCCGAUGUGAGAGGUCGUGAGGAUCUAGAGACAUCACGCAUCGAAGUAAACCACAGUGGUCAACAUAUCCUUUCGCCAGAAAGUAACCAGAACCACCAGAAAUCGUGUCACUGGAUUACCUUUCCAAAGAACCGUCACUUUGUUGGGAGAAAAACAAUUUUAAACGUCAUGAAGGAGCAUCUGGUCGAUAUUAAGGCAGCAGCCCCCUCAGAAGGGCGAGCCUUUGCACUAUGGGCCCCCAGGGGGUUCGGGAAAACGCAGACCGCACGACGAUUUGUUGCUGAAACAGCAGAUCAUUUCCAGUACAUUCUGUGGGUUUAUGCCGAUACGGAGACGAAGAUCCUCGAGGCUUUUGACGAUUAUGCUAAGCAACUCGGAUUGGUGAAGGAAUCGUCUGAUUUUCUUGCUACAGCGAGAGCUCUCUUGCGCUGGUUCGAAUCUUUGACUGUUCCAUUCCUUGUCGUAUUUGAUAAUGCGGAAAGUUCAAAACUCAUCAACACAUGGUGGCCUCAUGGGAAAGCUGGCGCAGUCUUAAUUACAACGUUGGAUCCAGCAUUUGCAACCAGUACGGUUGCUGGCACGGGGGCUGAACUGCCACCGCUUGAUGAGAGUGACGCGGUCGAGAUGGUCCUUUCUCAAGUGCCUCUUAACGCGUAUGGUACUCUAGAGGAAAGUCGAGAAGCAGCACGUCAAAUCGUGCGCCGAGUCGCAAACCAUCCGUUGGCGAUACAGAGCUGUAUAGGGGUUAUUAACGAAUGCGGCCGAUCGCUCUCGGAGUAUAACAGGAAAUAUAAGGACUCCGAUUCCGUCAUCCGAAACUCUAGUGUUGAGAGAGUCAAUCGCAAUUACGCGCCCUAUGACCGAGGCUUGAGAGACGCUCUCAAGGAUCGUGUUGAGACUCUCGACAAUGGGUCGCGCGUGCUGAUGGACGUCAUAUCCAUUUUGCACCCAGGCAAAAUUCCAGCGAGCCUACUGGACCUGGAUGAGCCACCAGAAUAUCUUAGCAACCUUGAGUUCAUCAAGGACUUCGAUCUGCAUAUCACAAAAUUAUUGAAAGGCCUGGUGUCUCGAAAUGUUCGAAAAAGCGGGAACGAGCCCUUAUAUUUCCAUGUGCAUACGUUGCUGCGGGAUUCCCUGAGGAGUGAAAUGUCGCUCAAAUCUCGCCAAAUAGCAUUUGAAACCGUGACCAGGCUACUAUGUAUUGCGCUAGAUCCUUGGUCUUACCCUAGUGAUGUCCCUGGGAGGGAGACGGACAGGCGUUAUUUCUUGGAAUAUUUUGCACACGUUGAGUCCGUCAGACGCUUCUGUGACGAACAUUGGCGGGGCGAACAUUUAGAAGCUUUGCAGGUCCCGACUCAUUAUAUUAUACUAUUGUCAUAUUCUUCUUGGUUAUGUUACUCGACCGGCUUCCUUGAAGACGGGCUGGCACACAUAAAAUCUGCAGACCGUAUCCUUGAGACUCUCAAAAGGAACUCCGAAAACUUAGGCAGUAGUCAAGAUUCACACGACGUGACGGUGGCUCUUCUGGAUAUCUGCCACAAUCAUGCCUGCAUAACAACAGAACUUGGUGACUUCUCUUUGUCUCUUGAGCUAUUCCAGAAAGAACAGGCUAUAUAUAUAGAUGCUGUUGCGAACGGCUUUCAGAGCCCACCCGGGAGUGGUGCAGAUUGGAGGAUAUCCAUCCUGGGAGGGAUUGCAAAUUCUUACCAGGGGCUUGGCAACCAGAUCGAAGCAGAACUGUACUAUAAACAAUGCCUAGAGCUUGGAGAGAAGAACGAUAUCCAUUCUCCAUACGAAGUUAACAUUUGCCGUUCUCAAUGGGCCCGCGGAGCUCUUGUCGAGGCAUCAGCUCGACUAGAAGAGUUAAUCGCUCUUCGUGAAGCAGAAUAUGGUCCAGAAGAUACGGAAGAUUUCAUAAUUGGUCAUAUGAAGUAUGUCCUCGGUAAUGUCCGAAUCGACCAAAACCGCCUGGAUGAGGCUUUUGAGCUGCACAAAAGUGCCCUAAAAUGCUGGCGACAAACUCAGGAACAGCACCAUAAGACAGGCGAUGCAUGGCACAAGGUGGGAUGGCACUAUGCUCGCUUGGGGUGCUGGAAUGAAGCCAGGGUUGCACUCCAGUCGGCUUUGGAGGUAUAUACGUCCGGUAAGGAUGAGAUCUUCCGUCAAGGGGAGGUAGGGCGCACCAGCUAUAAACUAUCCGAAGUUUUUCUCGCACAGGGGCACGAGGAUUUGGCUGCAAAAAUGAAAAAAAAGGCAAGAGCAAUCAAACAAGCAAUACUUGGUAAUACGACGGCAGAUAAUGAGGAAGAAGACGAGAGUAUGUAUGAUAGGCUGGUGUCCCUAUGGGCUCGGUAA